AUGGCGGGAGAGUUCUGGGAGCGUCUCAACAGCGGCUUCCCUUUCUACCGAUACCGCAACAGGUACGUACAUAACAAGCACGUGUGGCAAAGGCCGAGGAAGGUGGAGGGCAAUGACAAGAUUUUCAAGGAGAUCAAGGGCAUCCUCAACAAGCUCACGUUGGAGAAGUUCCAGCCGCUCAGCGACCAACUAAUUGGCCUGCUGGGCCAGGUAACCGAUGUCAGCAUGCUGGACCAGGUUAUCAACCAGAUCUUCGACAAGGCGCUCACAGAGCCGCAGUUCAGCAAAAUGUACGCCGAGCUCUGCCUCAAAGUGCAGCCGGCUUGUCCCGAGUUUGAGGACAAUGGCAAGAAGCAGAACUUCCGACGGCUUCUCCUGAACCGGUGCCAGAAGGAGUUUGAGAAAAAGACCCAGCUCGACGAAGACGCCGAUAAGCUUUCGCCAGAGGACAAGGAACUCAGAGAAGCCAAGGCCAAAACCCGCAUGUUCGGCAACAUCAUCUUCAUCGGCGAGCUGUUCAAGCUGAGGAUGCUCACGGAUAAGAUCAUGCACGGCUGCGUCAUCGUCACACUUCUGCCUCCCAUUGGCCAAGGCCAGCCCUCGCACGAGGACCUGGAGGCGUUGUGCAAGCUCAUGUCCACCGUGGGCAAGCAGCUCGACGCCAAAACCCGAGGCAAGCCCGACUCACCGAUGGAGCAGUACUUCCGACGACUGACUGAGAUGGCCGAGGACAAGAACCACCCUGCUCGUAUCCGUUUCAUGCUCACCGACCUCAUCGACAUGCGCAGGAAUGGUUGGGUGGGGGUGGGAGCCGACGACACCCCGAAAACCCUCGAGGAAGUGCACAAAUCCCUGGCCAAGGAGGAGGCCGCCCGUGCCGGCAGAGGCCCCGCGCCGCCCGCCGGAACUCGUGGAGCGGUCGUUGCACGGCCGGCGGCGGCGGCCCGUUCCACCCCUGCCGCCCAUGCGGCCACCGGCGGUGCUGGCACCAGCAACACCAAAGGGAGCGCCGACGGCUGGGAAGUGGUGGGCGGCAGCAAAGGGGCACGAGGCGGAAAGUCUGGAAGAGGAGGUGCCUCUGCGCCAACCAAAGGCCAGCCCGCCGGGGAGUGGGAAACUGUCUCCAACAGUGCCAAGGGGCGAGGCGGCGGCGGCGGCAGCGGCGGCGGCCGGGGCGGUAGGGGCAGCUCCAGAGGGACGGACGCACCGUCCGCGAGGGGCGGAGGAAGGGGAGCUUACGCUAGCCAGCGCGGAGGAGGACGCGGGGCCACUCCCACCGAUCGUUCGCGGAAAGGCAAGGAGGCCGUGGAAGCCCUCCCCGUCAACCCUUUCUCCCUUCUCUCCGCAGAGAGCGAGGGCAAGGAAAAGGCCGAGUCUGUGGAUAACAAAAAGGGCGCGCGGCCGGCCGGCGAAGUCUAUGUGCCUUCCCACCGACGCCGCCAGCAGGGCGAGGACAAGGAGGCGAAGAAGGCCACCGAGGCGGUAGCUCCCGCCAAAGCUCCGGCACUUUCCGAAGAAAAGAUCAAGCAGCUGGACAACGACGCGGAGAUGUUGCUCGAAGAGUAUAUCCUCAGCUAUGACGAACUCGAAGCUGGUGAGUGCAUCAAAGAGCUCAAGGCCCCCGAGUACCACUACAAGGUGGUGUCAAAGGCUGUCGCCAAAGCCAUCGAAAGGAAGGAGGAGCAGCGCAAGCUCAUCUCCAAGCUCCUCUUCCAGCUGCACACCGAGCAGAACAUUCUCUCGGCUGAGUCCAUUGCCCAAGGCUUCGCCGACGUGCUCCAGGCCAUCGAGGAAGUCGACGUAGACUCUCCCAAAGCGUCAAGCUACCUCGGAAAUCUUAUCGGGCAGGCCGUACUCGACGAAAUUUUGCCGCUGUCUUUCCUCAACUCUGGCCUCGACCAUCUGAUUGCCUCAGGGAAAGCCCUCAAAAUUGCCUCGGAGGCCUUCCGCAUCAUUGCCGACCGCACCAAUCCUGAGGAAAUGGGGAUCAUGUGCAAGGAAUCUGGCCUUGACUUUAUGCGAUUCCUGUCGGAGGAAAAUCGCAAUCUCGACUACCUGAGCAAGUACCUCCGUGAACAGGUGAACGUGGAUAUGGGCUUGCUUGUCCCCUCAAGCUAG